AAAGGCAGAAGAUAUAGAGGGAGAAGAAGAGACGUAUGUGACUGAUAUAAAGGUAGAAGAUAUAGAGGGAGAAGAAGAGACGUAUGUGACUGAUAUAAAGGCAGAAGAUAUAGAGGGAGAAGAAGAGACGUAUGUGACUGAUAUAAAGGUAGAAGAUACAGAGGGAGAAGAAGAGACGUAUGUGACUGAUAUGAAGGCAGAAGAUAUAGAGGGAGAAGAAGAGACGUAUGUGAAGGGUGAUCAGCAGUGUAAGGAGGAGGAGAUCCCUACAGAUAUCAGCACAGAUGGACACACAAGCAGGAAUAUCUCAGAAGGACAUCUAAUGUUAUCCCCGGAUUGUGAAAUAGGAGAUAAUGACAGUAGACAGGAUUCUCCAGGAGAUAACCCCAUUACCCCAAUUAUACAUACAGCUCUAUCAGCUGAUCCCCCUGAUCCUGGGAAAUGUUCUCCUGAUCACUCUGAUAUUGGUGCAUCUGUUACAGCUCUGACAGUAGAUACAGAGUUUCCCUGUUCUAUAGAUGCCAAAUGUUUUACACAGAACACAAAGCCUAUUAACCCACAAACAGGUAAGGUAGGUGAAAGGCCACUGAUAUGUCCGGAGUGUGAGAAAUGUUUUACAUACAAAUCAGAUCUUGUUAUACAUCAGAAAAGUCACAUAGGCGAGAAGGCAUUUCCAUGUUCUGAGUGUGGGAAAUGUUUUACACGGAAAUCAUGGCUUGUUAGACAUCAGAGAAGUCACACAGGUGAGAAGCCAUUUCCAUGUUCUGAGUGUGGGAAAUGUUUUGCAUACAAAUCAGAUCUUGUUACACAUCACAGAACUCACACAGGUGAGAGGCCAUUUCCAUGUUCUGAGUGUGGGAAAUGUUUUACACAGAAAUCAGAUCUUGUUAAACAUCAGAGAAGUCACACAGGUGAGAAGCCAUUUCCAUGUUCUGAGUGUGGGAAAUGUUUUGCACACAUAUCAAAUCUUGUUAUACAUGAGAGAAGUCACACACGUGAGAAGCCAUUUUCUUGCUCUGAGUGCAGGAAAAGUUUUACCUGGAAAUACCUACUUGUUAUACAUCAGAGAAGUCACACAGAUGAGAAGCCUUUUCCAUGUUCUGAGUGUGGGAAAUGUUUUGCACACAAAUCACAUCUUGUUAGACAUAACAGAAGUCACACAGGUGAGAAGCCAUUUCCAUGUUCUGAGUGUGGGAAAUGUUUUACACAGAAAUCAGAUCUUGUUAAACAUCAGAGAAGUCACACAGGUGAGAAGCCAUUUCCAUGUUCUGAGUGUGGAAAAUGUUUUGCACACAAAUCACAUCUUGUUAAACAUAACAGAAGUCACACAGGUGAGAAGCCAUUUCCAUGUUCUGAGUGUGGAAAAUGUUUUACACAUAAAUCACAACUUGUUAUACAUCAGAGAAUUCACACAGGUGAGAAGCCUUUUCCAUGUUCUGAGUGUGGGAAAUGUUUUGCAAACAAAUCAGAUCUUGUUAAGCAUCAGAGAAGUCACACAGGUGGGAAGCCAUUUCCAUGUUCUGAGUGUGGAAAAUGUUUUACACAGAAAUCACAACGUGUUAUACAUCAGAUAAUUCACACAGAUGAGAGGCCUUUUCCAUGUUCUGAGUGUGGGAAAUGUUUUGCACGAAAAUCAGUUUGUGUUAUACAUCAGAGAAGUCACACAGGUGAGAGGCCAUUUCUAUACUCUGAGAAAUAAAUCAGCUCUUGUUGCACACAAUAGACAUCACUCAGUUGAGGAACCAUUUUAAUCUUCUGGAGUAUACUCAUCAUUGCCAUGCGUUGUUUUUCAAGGUUCUUAUCCUAUCUCCUAUGCUUUUUGCAAUAUACAUGCUACCACUGGGUAUAAUAAUCAGAUGUCAUGUCCUCAUCUACCACUUCUAUGCAGAUGACCUGUCUUUUGCUCUGGGUACUGAGAACCCAGUACCAAUCCUAAAUGGUUGUCUAACUGAGCUCCAGGUGUGGGUGAUGCCAGUUGGCUGUGACUCAGUCCUGGUGAAACAGGUCCUUAUGAUAGAAGCUCACCAACAAAGGACAGGGCUACAGCUCAGCUUUGCCUACCAAGCAGAAUUACGCUUGGGGUUUCAGAAUUACAAAAUGCUGAUCAUGGGGGUGAUUCCGAGUUGUUUGCUCGCUAGCUGAUUGUAGCAGCAUUGCACACGCUAGGCCGCCGCCCUCUGGGAGUGUAUCUUCGCUUAGCAGAAUUGUGAACAAAAGAUUAGCAGAAUAACGAAUAAAAAAUUCUUAGCAGUUUCUGAGUAGCUCCAGACCUACUCCUACACUAAGAUCAGCUCAGGCCGUUUAGUUCCUGGUUUGACGUCACAAACAGGCCCUGCAUUCGGCCAGGCACUCCCCCGUUUCUCCAGACACUCCUGCGUUUUAUCCUGGCAUGCCUGCGUUUUUCUGCAUACUUCCAGUUUUCGGCCAAAAACACCCACUUCCUGUCAAUCACACUCCGAUCACUUCAACAAUGAAAAUUCUUUGUUCUGCCGUGAGUAAAUCUACAAAGUUUGAGCUAAAAUACUUAGCGCACUGCGUAGCAUGUGCAUGCGCAUUUUCACAUUAAUCGCUCCGUUGCCAAAAUCGGCAACGAGCGAACAACUCGGAAUGACCCCCCAUAUGCGGAAUCUUGGUGUCCUGGAUGGUGGAGUGACACUUAGAGAUCAGGUAUCAGCCACAAUCAGAUCCUCAUCUGAGGAACAGAGCCAGACUCCAGCACUUAUUUCCCUCAGAAGAUCUACCUACAGUCAUACAUACACUUGUAUCAUCACGCAUAGAGUACUGCAAUGUCCUCUACCUGGGUCUCCCAUCAAAAGAAUUGCACCGCUUGUAGCUUGUACAGAAUGCAGCAGCCAGGCUGUUACCUAACCAGCCCGUUCCUGCCACAUAACACCCAUUCUCUACAACCUUCACCGGCUGCCUGUCAGAUGGGGACUAUUACAUAAUCUUACUGACUCUCCCAGCCCUACAUGACCAGGGUUCAUGGUACCAGAAGCAGCUUCUGCCUCAUUACUGCCCUGCUUUCUUACUUCAACCUGCAGAUAAAGGACUGUUACCAGCAGUACCAAGAAUACCCAAGCAGUGCUGAGAUGUCAGAGGUGGAGACAGGGUGGGUGGCACUAGUGCUGUAGCGGGUGCUGCCAGAGGCACUGUCUGUGGGUAAUAUUGUCCCCAAGCAGUGCUAAGGUGUCAGAAGGGGAGACAGGGCAGUGGCAGUAGUGGGAGAGGCAGGGCGGGUGGCAGUAGUGGGAGGAGACAGGGUGGGUGGCAAUAGUGGGGGAAGACAGGGUGGAUGGUCACAGUGCAGUACCAGGGGCUGCUGGAGGUAGUAACGAGGUGUAUGGGUCCUGCACAGAACCAGUUGACAAUUAGACUUAAUGAUGAUUAUGCUUCCUUAUUUCUAAUUAAUCUCUUGUAUGUGUUACUGUUAUUUGCUGUGUCAGCCUUUAUGUGUGUUCUGUGUAAUAAUCCUGAAAGUAGUGCUGCUACCGAUCUCAUAUUAUUUGUAGUAACUUGGAAAAGAUGAGAUAUGAGGUGCACUCUGGAAGCUUAUAGGGGGUUAAUCAGAGAUGAAUGCAGAUGUGACAUCACGCAGCCCCUGGAAAAUGGUCCUGGCCCGCCCUCAUUCACCCCUCAGGGAUGCGGCCACAAUGUGUGUGUCUGCAGCCUCUGCACGUGCAUUUUGUCACCACCAGUAAACUGCUGCGGGCCACUAUUGCGGCUGGGUCUGAAUGACCCCCAUAGGGUUUUGGCUCUCCUGAUAUGUAUCUGUUUUACUUACGUGCAAUACUAUAAUGUAACUUGAAUUGUUUCUGUGCUUUAAAGGAUAUUUUAUCCAUGUUGUGCAGAGUAAAGUAUUUUUUAAGUUUAAAAUAUAGAGAAAAA